AUGACAAAUAAUCGCCUACGUUGUUUGAUAAUUUCUAUUAGUAUUGGCCUUAUAGUAUUGUUCAUUGUUGGUGCAAUUAUCUACUUAGCUCGCCAAAGUGAACGGAAAACAAUUGACUACGAUGCAUGUCCGCGACCGACACAAUUCGCAACUGAUUAUGAUUUUGAUUAUACAAAGAAAAACAAUGAAUAUCGCAAUACAAAUAGCUCGAUAGACUAUUUUCGUUUAAGUCUCUCAUGGUCACCAACAUUUUGCAAAGCACAAGCAAAUGCUAAAAAUUUAUUUCAAUGCCAACAUUCAUUUGGUUUCAUCGUUCAUGGAUUAUGGCCGAGUACAUUCAAAAAAGGCAGUAGUUUACAUUCACAUAAUUCACAUCCAAGAAAUUGCCGCGAUGAAAAACCAAUGCCAAUUGAAAUAAUUCGAAAAUAUUUUUGUAUGAUGCCUUCCGAAAAUCUAAUGCAAGGCGAAUGGGAAAAACAUGGUACGUGUUACUGGGGAAAACCCGAAGAAUAUUUUGAACAAAUCAAGUCGCUCCACUCAAAAAUAAAUAUGCCCAAUGAUAUACAUGAAAUUUUGAAUGGCGAAUCGAGUUCAAAACGUGCAAGUAUUAGACAAAGUUUUCUAAAGUUAAAUCCAGAACUAAAAUCAGAACAUAUUGAUAUUAACAUUGGUAACAAAGGAAAAACAUUGAAAGAAAUCGGUUUUUGUUAUGAUCGUUCUUUUAAUCAUAUCGCAUGUAACCAAAACAUGUGA